AUGACAGCCGUGUGCUUCGAUCCGUAUGGUUGCCCAAAUGGAGGCAUAUGCAAGGCUCCGGGUAUAUGUGAAUGCAGACCAGGGUUCUUCGGAAAUCAAUGUGAUGACAUCAACGAGUGCGAUAAGUUGAACGGCGGCUGUUCUCACGAGUGUACCAACACCCCGGGAUCAUACCGCUGUUCCUGCCCGGAGGGUUUCAACAUGGCAACCAACAUGCUAACUUGCAUCGAAAUACGCACAACAACGCUAUCACCUCCACCCGUUGCUUGCGCAUUAAAUAACGGAAACUGCUCCGACACCUGCGUGGAGACCAAUGAUGGUUCCCGGCAUUGUUAUUGUCCAAAAGGAUAUGAGAUCUCGGAGAAUGGAACCACGUGCAAAGUAAUAGAUCGACUGCAAUCAGUGAUUGUUUCCACCAAAGAUAACUUUCUUCUUGACGUGAUUCUUAUGCUGUCGCUGUCAUUGAUAACACUUCUGUUACUGUUGGUCAUGUGCUGCUUUAGGAGGAAGAGUUUUGAUUGGCACGUUAGGGCUACGUCUUCGAUGACAUCCUUGGUGCGCAAUGUGAAGCAAAGGUGGGGAGACUGGUGGAAGUCUAAGAAGCCAAUGUAUGAGAAAAUCAGGACUGUACACGAGGAGUACGGACACGACUACGGCCAAAACAGCGAUCAGAAGCGAGCGUUGAAUACGAAUGAGGAUAUAUGUAAUAUAUAGUACGCUGGGCGUGCUUGUAGCUAAUUUGGUCAUACACAUGUGUGCAGUCUGAGGAGUACUGAGGGUUGUUUUGCUUGAUUUAGAUAUAAUUCAGUAAUGUACGGUUUUGUUUGUAUGUAGUGUUUGAAGUAAAAGCUGUUUUCGUCCCACUUGCAAGUGAAAUAAUCACUUACUUACAAUAAACGUAAUAUGCGUAGGUAGAUUUCUGAUGUAAAUAUUUUGCAUUUAUUGUUUUUAUUUUACACUUACCGGUUCAUGUAUAAAGUUUGUGGUAAAAUUCCAUUUUUCUCUUCUUCCAUAAAACAAUCACUUUUAAAGAUGCUGAAUUUGUAUCUUUUCACAAAUGUGCUGAUAUUUCUCUCUUCAAAAAAUAAUGUUGCCGCUUAUUCACAAUUGC